UUGUCAACGAUUUAUAGUCCUCUUGUUGUGUUUAUCAUAACACAAAUAUAGUUCAUAAUCAAGAUGUUUUGCUUCAUAGAUUAAUUUUGCAAUCAGCUAUUCGUAACUGAAGUUGUUAGUAAGAUAUUAUAGUAAUAGUGUUGGCUAAAAUAUUUUAUCUCAUUCCUAGUUAUGGCCGGUUAUCUCAAUUUAAUCAGUAUUUUUACAUUAGUACUAAGCUACAUUUUGUCUUGUGAAUCAUUUGCAUACCCUGACCAAGGAAAGUGGGACUUUCGUUUAGAUGGGCAAAAUGACCAAGUUGCAGUGGUUAAGAGCCUUUUUAAAGAAUCAGAAAUUCGUAUCCAAAUAACAUGUGACUCCAAGGACGACCAGUCUAAGUUGACAGUUAGUUGGUCUUUGGGAGAAGUAGCCUGUUGGAGAGACUACCUUCAUAUUAAUGAGGCACUUAGCAGGAGUGUCCCACCCAAUGAUCUACAAAGAGCUUUAGACAAUGCUUCGUUCUACACAGUCAAAUCUCCCCCAGAAGAACACGACUGUGAUCACAAUAUACAGCUGAAAGAACUGACAAUUGCUGAGGAUGCUUACACGGAUAUACAAUCGGAAGCAGCAGGUGUGCAUGGUAUGCCUGUGGAUCCUAAGGAUCAAGGCUCCAGACUUAGGAGACAAAUUGAACAAGAAAGUUCACAGGUGAAAUCAUCGCAGCAGGAAAACAAACUUCAGGAUCAUCAAAGCCAAAGUCCGGAGCUGCACGAGCAGAGACAAGUGUUAAAGCAGAUUCACACGAAGCCGUCCUCAAGACCAGUAAUGAAAGUUACCAAAGAUGGUUUCUACAUGUUGUCUCUACAGCUGACCAGCAACUCUCCGUUUUCAGCCGAUGUUCACAUUGAGAUGAAGGGUAAACAAGGCUACCUCUCUGCCGCAGACUGGCCACUGCUACCAUUUUACGGGGCCAUGUGCCUGGUGUAUGUGGUGCUAGGUCUUGCCUGGUUGAUAGUCUCGUUUCUACAGUGGCGAGAUCUGCUGCGUAUUCAGUUCUGGAUCGGAGGCGUCAUACUUCUAGGCAUGUUGGAGAAGGCAAUGUUCUACGCUGAGUACCAAAGUAUCAACACCACGGGGCAGUCAGCACAGACGGCCGUGUUGUUGGCAGAGUUUGUCAGCUGUGGCAAGAGAACACUGGCCAGGAUGUUGGUCAUCAUUGUCAGUCUCGGCUUUGGCAUUGUCAAGCCCCGGCUAGGACCCAUGCUGCACCGCACAGUGGCCACAGGCAUCUUGUAUUUCCUACUGGCUGCGUCGGAGGCCUACCUGCGCGUGAUGCGGCCCAAGAGUGACCCGGCCAAUCAGAUGUUGAUGGCCAGCGUGCCCUUGGCCGUGCUGGACUCUGCCAUCUGUUGGUGGAUCUUCACCAGUCUGGUGCAGACGACGAGAACAUUGAGGCUGCGGAGGAACAUGGUGAAACUCAACCUGUACAGGCACUUCACUAACACUCUGAUCUUCGCAGUAAUUUCAUCAGUAGUCUUUAUGCUGUACUCUAUCAAGGCUCAUUACCUCGUAAACUGUUUUACAGCUUGGAAAGAGCUUUGGAUUGAUGAUGCGUAUUGGAAACUUCUGUUCUCUGUGAUUCUUCUAGUCAUCAUGAUUCUGUGGAGGCCGACCAACAACAAUCAAAGAUAUGCAUUUACGCCUCUCCUAGACGCUCCAGAAGACGGGGACGAUGAAGAAGAAGAAUAUUUUGUCAGUGAUGCUUAUGGGGUCAAAAUGAGAGGGGGCCUCAAUUCAGGAACGAGUUCUCCAAAGCAGAAAUUGUCGAUGAAUUCAGCGGAGGAGGAUUUGAAAUGGGUGGAGGAAAACAUCCCAACGUCCUUAGCAGACAGUGCUUUACCCAUUUUGGAUUCCGACGAGGAAAUAAUGAACACAAAGUUCGAACUGUCGAAGAUGCAGUAACCCUGGUGGAGUUCUGCGAUCGUGAUGUGUAAAGUAGUAUUAGUUAAUCCUAUUUAUUUGUAGAAUCCCACUGAAUUAAGCCACCUAUUUGGCUUACACAUGUUUAUUUUAGGGAAUCGUCAAUGUAUAAACAUUUGUCUACUUGCUUUGUGAAAAAGAUUGUGUUGUAAGAACUACAACGCUGUGAUCAUGGACUUAAACUGAAUGACGCAAUAUGAAUUUUUAUUUAAAAGUUAUUUUUGUGUGUGGGUUGUCUCAAAUAACUUGUAUACAGGUUUAAAUUUAAUUUACCUUAGGGGAAUAUUUAAUAGUUUUUUGGAAGAAUACUGUACAAUGUGGUUACUUUGACUAUCCUAUAAUGUUGACGAACAAGUACUCAUUAUUAAUAUUUUAAUCGUUCGCAGAUUGUUGUAAAAGCUUGAUUUAAUAAUUUAAUAACAUAAGAUUUCUAUAAACUGAAGUUAGAAGGACUGUCCAAAAAUGCCUAAGCAAACAAUUAAAACCUUUUUUAUUUUGAGGUAAAAUGGUCUUUUACUACACUACACUUCUGGAGGUACACUACAAAUCUGUGUACAAACGUACCUUAAUAUGAUACCACCUAACAAAUUUCUGGAAUUAUUUUGAUCAUAAGUUUGGUUAAAUGUACACACUUUCCAAAUUUCACUCGACAUAAAAAUGUAUUUUUUUAAAUUUGUUUUUUUUUAUAUUUUGUAUUUUCUUGUUUUGUUACCUAAAUAUGUUUUAAGAUAUGUUGAAAUUUGAAAUAGGCUAAAUGCAUUGUAGACCCAUUAAAGUAAUACGGGUUAAAAUGCAAAGCAUCACUAUUUCUUUGUUUUAUUUGUUGAUAUAAAAUUUACAAGAUUUAAAAUCCUAGAUCUUCCUAAGUAUUCUACCUGAUAAAAAUUUAAAAUAUGAAACUGUUCCAAUAAUCUGCUAAAAAGGUUUUUUAUUUAUUUCUUUGAUUUCCUUUCCCGGUAUGUUUUGCAAUUCGCUUUUCGUUUAUUCUCCAAAG